CGUGCUUUGGAGGGAUAGCCUAGACCGGUUUCUUUCUGGAUUCUGACGCUGUCUUAUAACGUUAGAUCAACGUCAGGCCAGCCGCAGGCCUUGGAUUUUAUGGUUAAUAGAAGUGUUGACUACGGUAUUCAUGGAAUCCUAAGUUCUUCUGGUUUUGCCCUUUGGUGACAAUGUUGCUGACGAUCCGGGAAGACCAGAGAGAUAGAUUGGGAAUCUUGAGAAGCCUUGACAGCAAAGGUAUUCAAGAUUUCUGUCAGAUUGCCAUGCAGAAACUACAUGGCAAGGUGAAUCCAAGAGUAUUCAGUUCUGCUGCAGGGAAACUAGGAGUCACCCCUGAGAUUGUAACAGGUGCAGUUGAUGGCCUUGUGUUUAUUCUGAGUGAAGCAACAAAUGCUCAGUUGAGCCUGGUAGACUUUCAGACCUCUGUGAUGGUCCUGAGUGCAGAUGAGAGUCAUGUAAAGGCUCUCUGUCAGUUUUAUGAGGAGAAUCGGGAUGAAGCAUGUCAACUUCUCUCUCGGUAUUGCCUGGACCUUCCUUUCUAUCACAGUUUGGAGUGGAGGUUUGAGAUCCUUGUUGGGUCCCGAUGCUUGCGUGAGGGGAUCGAGCCCCAGGUUCUCUUGCGUCUCACAACAAAGACUCCAGACUCUGAUGAGGUGGGGAUCCAUGUUUUAAGACUUGACAUCCCCAAUCUCAUGCAUCUCCUUCGCACACUAGAAGAAGCACUGGCCGAGUCCCAGAGCAACCAAACUCGCAAGAUCCUGCGGGCAUUCCGAUGAUCCCAUUCAUUUCUCUCUGUCCCUGCUUUCUUUGAUGCUUCUUGUUUUUCUGUAUUUUGCAGAGUUUAAGUUAUCUGGUUUCCUACUGGUCUGUGUCCAUUUGUAUUUUCACUGGUAUAUAAACUAUAUUGUUUUUGAA